CCCAGUGGCGCAAUCGGUUAAUUAGCGCGUGGCGGUACUUAUAAGGCUCCAUCUUGCCCUGCGGCAGUCUGGCUUAGCAUACUGUCGUGAGAAUACCAAUUGUGUACAAACAGCUCCAUACAAAAUGAAUACAGUAGUGGAGGCUGACUGUUCACCUCAAAAUAUACAUCCUAGAAUCUCCAAACUGGAAACAAAACAACGAGUUAUAGAUGAGAGUAACAAGAUCCAAAUCCUGACCAUUGGAGAGGAGAUAGACAGACCCAUCAAAUCACUUGUGCUCAUUGGGGAGACCGGAUCAGGGAAGACGACCUUUCUCAAUGCUAUUAUCAAUCAUCUCUUCGGAAUCGAGUUUGAUAGCGAUAUACGCUAUCAGAUUGAAGAUGCAACAGGGAACAAAAUGAAGGAUGUGACAGAGAGUCAAACAGAAUAUGUAACCGGAUAUUUAGUUUAUCACGAUCCUAGGGUGAUGAAACACGAGUGUAACUUUCUGAUCAUUGACACCCCAGGGCUAGCAGACACUAGAGGCGCUCAACAACAGGCACAAGUAGUCCAGCAAAUUAAGCACUUUUUGGAAGAGGAGAAGUUUGGUGUAAAUGAACUUCACGUAAUUGGAUUUGUAAUGAAAGCCAGCGUCAACAGGAAACUGGGAUAUAUGAAUACGAUGAAUGAUGAAUUUCAUGAUUUGUUUGGAAAAGAUACUACUGGCAUAACAAAUAUUUUGCUAACACAUGAUGUAACUGAAAAAUCUCGGGUUCUUAAAAUUUUAGAAUCAAUGGGGCUCAAGGCAAAAAAUGAUUACAGUUUUGAGAAUGGAUCACUGUAUGCUCCCAACAAACAAUCGGAAUGUGAAAGCUUGAGUAAGAAAGACCGUAGACAAUUUUUGGUGAGAAAAUGUGUUUGGGAAAAUACAGCUGAAGAAUUUGAAUGCUUCUGUCAAGACCUCAUACAAACCCAACCAGUGAGCCUCACAAUGACUAGGGAUUCAAUUAGAGAAAAAAUGUAUCUAGAGAGAGCUCUCUUUAAUUUAAAAAAUAACAUAGACGCCUGUGUAAACAUGCUUAUUGAACAACAGAGUCAAAAAGAGUUACUUAAAAACUACGAAGAAAAUCUAGAGAAAAACAAAAACUGGACUGCUAAGAAAAAAGUUAUCAAAAAAGAGAAGGAAGAAUUGAAGAGUACAUCUGGUCAUUGCCACAACUGCGAUAAGUGUUUGAGAACAUGUGUAAAUCCAUGCGACGGAGGUUGGUUUUGCGGAUGUCCAAAAGAGAAGGACCAAUGUAAGAUCUGCAAAUGUAGUAAUGAAGAUCAUACCCAAGAAAAAUAUACAUUUGUUGAAAAAUUUUCUGAAAUAACAGUGACCGAUGAAGAUAUGAAGGAAAAAUAUGGAAAUGCAUCAAAUAAAGUAAAAGAUAUAAAAGAGGCAUUGAAAGAUUUAGAACAAAAAAAUGAUGAUGUUUGUCUUAGCAUGGCUGAAAGCAUCAAGAAAAUCAUAUUGCACACUAGAAAGAUCAGCAAAAUAUCAAGAAACACAAAGGAACUGUCGGCCAAGCAGUUUGUGGACAACAUGGUAUCUGAAGUUGAAAAGAGUCAGAAGUAUGAGUUUUCAAGCCAAGUAACAAAGCAAUAUAUUUGUACCGUUUUUAAUAAACUUCCGAAAAUGGUAGAAGAAAUUGAUCUAGAUCUUCAUGCUGAAUAUGAAGAACUAGACAGGAAUAUUCAAAAGGCAAAUGAUAUGGAGAAAGCACUUUUAAUAGCUAAAAAUGCUGCUACAAAAAUAAAACAAGUUUUUAAAUAAAAGACUUGCGACUAUUCCACAUAAAAGUAUACUUUGCUUUACAUGUGACUAAAG